AUGGUGUAUGUGUUCCCAAUCGAGCGUGAGCCCCAGAAGGCUAUCAUCGCCGGCGCAGUCGUUUUCUCACUGCUGCCGACUUCUGCCGUUGUUCUGCGAAUGUGGGCGCGGUCGAGACUCAAGGGCCACACUCUCGAUCUGAGCGACUGGCUCAUCCUCGUGGCAUGUGUUGUCGCGGUCGCGUACCAAUUACUCGCAGUCGCCUGCGCCGUGGUUGGCGGGAUGGGAUACCACACGACCGAGGUCCUUGCGAUGGGAGGGCCGGAUUCCUUCACCCUUCUCAUGAAGCUUGUGACCGUGGUCGUGGUCUUCUGGUCGCUCAGUCUCGGGUUGACGAAACUCUCCAUCCUCGCCUUGUAUGCCAAGAUUUUCUCCGUUCCGAGUUUCGUCCUGAUCAGUCAAGCCUGUGCCGUAUUCGUCGUGAUCUGGGCCAUGAUCCUGUUUAUCGGUGCCUUCACCGUGUGUUCGCCGGUUGAAUACAACUGGGACAAAUUCUCGACCGUGGGAACCUGUGGCGACAUCAGGAUGCUGUGGGCUGUAACCGGAGGGCUCAAUAUCUUCACCGACCUGGUUGUCAUGCUCCUGCCCAUGCCUUAUAUCUACGGCCUGUCGCUACAGCUGUACAAGAAGAUUGGGUUGAUGGUGACUUUUGGGAUCGGGCUUGCAGUCUGCAUCGUAAGCACCGUCCGACUCGCCGAGAUUAUCAAGAUCGACAUGAACGACUUCCCAUAUUCCGGGGGUAUCGCGCUCAUGUUCAGUGCACUGGAACCCUGUUUGCUGCUACGCCAGAGGCAAUACUAA